AUGCUCUCCACACCCAUGUUCAUUUGCAACACAGAUAUGUCUGCUACUUCAUCUCUGCCAGUCCCACCACAGGCAGAGGCUGUUCCAAGCCGGCGAUUCCGUCCGGAAGAGUCAUACCCAGAACACUUUACUCUGAGAGACAUCGAGGUACCAAGAGGCGACAUGGUGUUUCUCGCCUGUCCAAACUCGGAACGAAAAUGUCGCCAUUGUGGUUGUCACACGCAUCACCCUGGCUCUAUCGUGAUUGCAAUAGACGGAGCAUGCCGCAAUAAUGGCAAAACCGGAGCCCGGGCGUCAAUUGGGGUCUACCACGGCCCUGACCAUGGAUGGAAUGAGAGCGCCCGUCUCUCCCCGGAACUAAGGCAGACAAAUCAGGUCGCCGAGCUUGCAGCGUGUAGAAUAGCUUUGAUUGACGCAUGCACCAUCCAGAAGAAUUGGGGUGAUAUAGGGGAAGAGAUAAAGGGUGAAAAAGGAAGGCUUUGCACAGUGGUCAUCAAGUCAGACUCGGAGUAUGUGGUGCGCGGGAUGACUGAAUGGAUCUAUAAGUGGAAGGCCAAUGGUUGGGUAAAUGCAAAAGGCUUGCCAGUUACCAAUCGAGAGCACUUUGAUAGGAUUGACUCUAUUGUCCAAUCUCUCGAGAAUGAGCAGGUCACUGUCCAGUUCUGGCAUGUUCCGAGAGAAUACAACCAGGAGGCGGAUAAGCUGGCAACAUCUGCUCUCGAAGGUUGUUGA